AUGGCCACCAGCGACAUCGAACGCUCUCGAGUUCCCAACGACGCUGACCCAGCCGAAACCAAUGAGUGGUUGGAGUCGUUGCAGUACGUGCUCGAUCGUGAAGGCCCAGAACGCGUCAAGUUCUUGCUGGCCCAACUCAGUGAGGCGGCCCACCGCGGAGGUGUCGAACUUCCCUUCACCGCCAACACGCCUUACAUCAACUCGAUUCCGGUCUCGAAGCAGCCCAUUUACCCGGGCAACCGCGAGAUCGAGCGACGUAUUAAGAGCAUCAUCCGCUGGAACGCUAUGGCCAUGGUCGUGCGGGCCAACCGAGAGCAUUCUGGCAUCGGCGGACACAUUUCCACCUAUGCGUCGUCGGCCACCUUGUUGGAAGUUGGCUUCAACCACUUCUUCCGGGGUAAGAGCGACGAUUACUCUGGCGACCAGAUUUACUUCCAAGGCCACGCCUCGCCGGGCAUCUAUGCACGGGCGUUUUUGGAGGGCCGCCUCACGGAACAGCAGUUGGAACACUUCCGCCAGGAGGUGACCUUCACCGGGGGCUUAACUUCGUAUCCGCACCCCUGGCUGAUGCCGUACUUCUGGGAAUUCCCAACGGUCUCGAUGGGCUUGGGCCCCAUCACGGCGAUUUAUCAGGCCCGGAUGAAUAAGUACCUGGCCGAUCGUAAGAUCAAAGACACCAGCGGAUCGCACGUUUGGGCGUUCCUGGGCGAUGGUGAAACCGAUGAGCCCGAAACGCUGGGGGCCAUCACGCUGGCCUCGCGCGAGCAGCUCGACAACCUGAUCUUUGUCAUCAACUGCAACCUGCAACGUCUCGACGGGCCGGUUCGCGGCAACGGCAAGAUCAUCCAAGAGUUGGAAGGUAUCUUCCGCGGGGCCGGCUGGAAUGUGAUCAAGGUAAUCUGGGGCGACGACUGGGACCCCAUGCUGGCCAAAGAUCACACGGGAGCACUCGUGCGACGCAUGGGUGAGAUUGUCGACGGUGAGUACCAGAAGUACACCGUCAGCUCGGGUGAUUACAUCCGACGUCACUUCUUUGGCGCCGAUCCCGAGUUGCAAAAACUGGCUGCGGCGCUGUCCGACGAAAAGAUCAAGCGGAUGCGACGUGGUGGGCACGACCCCGAGAAGGUGUAUGCCGCUUAUCAUGAAGCGGUGAACACCAAAGAUCGUCCCACGGUAAUUCUUGCUAAGACCGUGAAAGGCUACGGCCUGGGUGAAGCCGGUGAAGGCCGCAACAUUUCUCACCAGCAAAAGAAGCUGAACGAGGAAGAGCUUCGCGAGUUCCGUACCCGAUUCGGAAUCCCGAUCUCGGACGAAGACGUGGCCGCCGCGCCCUUCUAUCGCCCCGCGGACGACAGCCCUGAGAUGGUGUAUCUCCGCGACCGCCGCAAGAAACUCGGCGGUUUCGUACCGGGACGGCCGAUGCAGGCCAUGCCCAUGAAGGUGCCGAAGGUCGACGACUACAAAGAGUUCCUCGAAGGCAGCGGAGACCGUGAGGCCUCAACCACAAUGGCCUUCGUGCGACUGUUGGCGAAGUUGCUUCGCGAUAAGAGCAUCGGCAAGUACCUGGUGCCGAUCGUGCCCGACGAAUCGCGCACCUUCGGUAUGGAAGCCCUCUUCCGUCAGUGCGGUAUUUACGCCCACAGUGGCCAGCUUUAUGAGCCGGUCGACUCGGAGACGGUGCUGUACUAUCGCGAAGCCAAAGAUGGCCAGAUUUUGGAGGAAGGAAUCACCGAGGCCGGAUCGAUGGCCUCGUUCAUCGCUGCGGGCACGUCGUACACGACACACGGCAUCCACAUGAUUCCGUUUUUCAUCUUCUAUUCGAUGUUCGGCUUCCAACGGAUUGGCGAUUUGAUCUGGGCUGCCGGCGAUGGUCGAGCCAAGGGCUUCAUGCUGGGAGCUACAGCGGGGCGAACCACGCUCGCCGGCGAAGGCUUGCAGCACCAGGACGGCCACAGCCACCUGAUUGCUUCGGCCUUCCCGCACGUUCGCUGCUACGACCCUGCGUAUGCCUAUGAAACGGCUGUCAUCAUCUUCGACGGCAUGAAGAAGAUGUACCAGGAAGGCGACGACGCGAUUUACUACAUCACCGUUGAAAACGAGAACUACGUGCAUCCUCCGAUGCCGGAGUGCGUCGAAGAGGGGAUCGUUAAAGGGAUGUAUGCCGUUUCGACGGUUGAAUCUGACGAGGGUCGCCCACAUGUUCAGCUGUUCGGCAGCGGACCGAUUCUCCGCGAAUCGCUUCGGGCACAGAAGAUCCUCGCCGAGAACUACGACAUCGGCAGCACCGUGUGGAGCGUGACCAGCUACAAAGAACUGGCCAUGGGAGCCCACACGGCUCGCCGCUGGAAUAUGCUGCACCCCGACAGCGAGCCUAAAAAGUCGUACUUCGAAGAAUGCAUCGAAGGGCUCGACGGUCCGUUCGUGGCGGCCAGCGAUUACGUUCGUGGCGUACCCGACCAGAUUGCCCCCUGGGUCCCUGGCGGACUCACCACCCUGGGCACCGACGGAUUCGGUCGUAGCGACAUGCGGGCCCCGUUGCGGCGGUUGUUCGAAGUGGACGCCGAGUCGAUCACCAUCGCCAGCCUGCAUGCCUUGGCCCGUCGUAACGAAUGCGAACCGAGCGUCGUGGCCGAUGCAAUCAAGAAGCUAGACUUUAAUCCCAACAAACCCGACCCAUUCACCCAGACUUACUCGGUGUAA